AUGGCUACCGCAGCAACCGCAACUUCAGCUUCAAACUCAAAGCCUUACAGAGUUAUGAUCAAGGAGGCUAUCUCCAAUUUAAAGGAAAGAAAUGGAUCAUCCCGUCAAGCACUUAAAAAGUACGUUCAAAGCAACAAUGACAUCAAGGCAGCUAAUUUCGACUCCUUAUUCAACAGCGCUUUGAAGAAAGGCGUUGACGUUGGUGAAUUUCUUCAACCAAAAGGACCUUCAGGGCCGGUUAAAUUGAACAAGAAAGCAACAGCAAUUAAGGAAACCAAAGCAAAGAAGGAGGUUAAGAAACCAGCAAAGAAACCUUCUGCUACCGCUGCACCAAAGAAAGUGACCAAAAAGACUCCAGCUAAAGCUACUACUACCAAAAAGACUACCACUAAAAAGGCAGCUACGGCUAAACCAGCAGCAGCCAAAAAGACAGCAGCCAAAAAGGCAGCAGCUCCAAAGAAAGCCAAAGUUGCUAAAAAAUAA